UGUUGUCCUGCUGAAGGCACUUUUUUAGAAUACACAAUAAUUUGACUGGGUCCUGUCUACAGUGGGGAACCUUGGUGUAAGCAAUGAACUCCAGAACAAACUUCAGGACAUGAUGGUCAUGAGGAAUCUACUCUCCAUAGGAAAGAUUCUUGGAGAGGGUGAAUUUGGUUCCGUGGUGGAGGGGCGCUUACAACAACCAGACGGGACAUCUGAAAAAGUUGCUGUGAAGACAAUGAAACUGGACAGCUUCUCUCAAAGGGAGAUCGAAGAGUUCCUGAAUGAGGCAGCAUGCAUGAAAGACUUCAACAAUCCUAAUGUCAUCAAACUGCUUGGUGUGUGCUUGGAAAUAGGCCCAGGAAAUUUUCCCAAGCCCAUGGUCAUCCUGCCUUUCAUGAAAUAUGGAGAUCUUCAUAGUUUCCUGCUGCGCUCACGCCUGGGAGAGAGUUCUGUGUUCUUGCCCACUCAGACACUCCUGAAGUUCAUGGUGGACAUUGCUUUGGGUAUGGAGUAUCUCAGUGGUCGGAACUUUCUGCACCGUGACCUCGCGGCUCGCAACUGCAUGCUGCGUGAUGACAUGACGGUGUGUGUAGCAGACUUUGGGCUGUCUAAGAAGAUCUACAGUGGGGAUUAUUACAGGCAGGGCAGGAUAGCUAAAAUGCCUGUAAAAUGGAUCGCAGUAGAGAGUCUGGCUGACAGAGUUUUUACUAUAAAGAGUGAUGUGUGGGCAUUUGGCGUCACCAUGUGGGAGAUUUCUACCCGAGGCAUGACGCCGUACCCUGGAAUCCAGAACCAUGAAAUCUAUGACUACCUUCUUGAAGGACACAGACUGAAGCAGCCAGGAGACUGUUUGGAUGAGCUGUAUGAGAUCAUGUACAGCUGCUGGAGGGCUGAUCCACUCGACCGACCUUUCUUUCCCCAACUGCGAGAAACUUUGGAAAAACUCACAGAAAAGCUCCCGGAGACUUUCAGCAAGGACGAUAUAAUCUAUAUUAACACCAGCUUUCCCGAAGAGGACCCUGAUGGAGAAUCAUCAGCAGCUGCACAACAUCCUGUGUUCAACUCGUCGCCUUCCUGCAGCCAUCAGGCGGCAGAAAAUUCAGUAGUUACUGCAGACAUUCAUGGUAGCCUGGAGGAUGAGGAGGGUGAAGAGGAUGAUCGCUAUGUGGUGGUGAUAUCCUCCCUCAGACCUCCUGCAGUGGACACUCCUCUUUUGUCAAGUGAUGCUCGAAUUCAAGCCAAUGGAGUGACUGAUGUGAGGGCUAUGCCUCAACGGUCAAGUGACACUUCUUCCCUGCUGUAGAGAUUGCAACCCAGCGGAACAAGACGGCAAUACAAAACUGAAACCAUCUGUACUAAACAGUAUGCCUCACUGCACUGGGAGCACCUUCACAAUUCCUUAUGUGGACUUUCUUUAGAAUUUUUAUACGAGCAGUUUCUGCAUCAAUUGCUAGCCUACGUGUCAGUGUUAAGACAUCAAACAGGUUCCAUAAGCUUAAGAAACACUCUACUGUGAAAUUGUUUACCGUAUGCAUUUUGUAAUGUCAUGUAAAUAUAAUAAUGUACAAAACACUUUUUAAUGUGAUCUCCUAUAUUGUAAAAAGAAACAUGAUUCAUAGAUUUCUUUAAGAUUUCAUUAAAAUGAAAUUAAUUCUG